UAAGCCCCGAAGUUCGUGUCAAAAACUCUUCAUCACUUCCCUCUUAUUCCUCUCUUUAUCCUUCAUGUUCCUCGUCUUCUCUUUCAAGCCAAAACCUGGCUAUGCGCUUGAUCACCACCCUCAGACAGCAGCCCGUGACAUUAAGAAACCCUUAUCAAUCAGCACGCAAAAAUCAUGGUUCGAUGGCCUUAUCGAGAAGAAAACCGAUAGCGAACCGAUCAAGAUUGGCUUAGUUAACGUUGAUGAUCACGUCAAGCAUGCAUAUGAUCGUAUGCAUGGACAAGUAGAGACUGUUAGUGUAGAUUUCAGGCCUGUAUCCAAGGAGCUAAAAUGGGAGAGUUUUUUCCCAGAGUGGAUCGAUGAAGACGCCAGGUGGCACCAACCGUCGUGCCCGGAGGUCCCAAUGCCUCGGCUAGACGAUUACCGUGACCUAGAUGUUAUCCUGGCUAGGGUUCCUUGUGGCAGCGGAUCAGAGAAGCAAGGGAUUAGGGAUGUGUUUAGGUUGCAAGUGAACUUGGUGGUGGCUAACCUCGUAGUGGCCAAUGGGGUGACCAAGGGAGGUGGUGAUCGGACGGUGUAUGUUGUUUUCAUGGGGUCUUGUGAACCCAUGCAAGAAAUAUUUAGGUGUGAUGAUUUGAUGACUCGUUUAGGAGAUUAUUGGGUGUACAAACCUGAGUUGAGGAGACUUCGACAAAAGGUGCAAAUGCCCGUUGGAUCAUGCCAGAUUGCUCCUCUUGGUAGAUUAUUGACAGGGAGCCGAGGAACUCAGAGACAUUCCAUGGCACAAUAUUCAACAGCAAGAAAACCCAAUGACAGCAUCUUGUAUAAUCAAAGGGUUGCCUAUGCAACAGUAAUCCAUUCCUCGGAAGCUUAUGUUUGUGGAGCAAUUGCUUUGGCUCAAAGUAUAAUACAAAACAACUCUACUGCCGACCUCGUCCUCCUCCAUGAUUCAUCAUUAAGUCCAGAGUCCCUAGGUGGUCUUAGAGCCGCCGGGUGGAGGACGAAGCUCAUCCAACGUAUCCGAAGCCCUUUUGCUCGAAAAGACUCGUACAACGAAUGGAACUACAGCAAACUUCGGCUUUUGCAACUCACAGAUUAUGACAAAGUUAUUUUCAUAGAUGCUGACCUUAUAGUCCUUAAGAAUAUCGACAAGUUCUUCGCUUAUCCACAAUUAUCAGCUGCUCCGAAUGACAAGGUGCUAUUCAACUCGGGGAUCAUGGUGAUUGAGCCGUCGUUGUGCUUGUUUGAAGACAUGAUGUCAAAGAGAAAUAAGUUGCUUUCAUACAACGGAGGUGAUCAAGGGUUUCUCAAUGAAGCCUUCACAUGGUGGCAUCGGUUGCCUACGAGGCUGAAUUAUCUCAAGAUUUUCAAGAACCAAGGAAACCCAGAUCAUGAAAUGCAGAAGGGUCCCUACACCAUCCAUUUCUUGGGAUUAAAGCCAUGGGCAUGCUACAAAGAUUAUGAUUGUAAUUGGGACAUGGUGGAUCGCCAUAUUUUUGCCAGCGACUCGGCUCACAAGAGAUGGUGGCAGGUUUAUGAUGCCAUGCCAAAGAAAUUGCAGCAAUAUUGUGGACUCACGAAGCAUAUGGAUGCAAGGAUAAGGAAAUGGCGAGGGAAGGCUAAGAAUGCGAGCUUGCCAGAUGGUCAUUGGAAGAUUAAUGUUAAAGAUCCCAGACAAUACCAUCUUAACGAUUAAAUUAAAUUAAUUGCUAUGUAUUCUUGUAGCUAGCUAGUGCAUUACUGUAGCUAAUCAAGAUUUUCCAAGAGCACUAAUAUUUUGACAACUUGAACAUUAGAAAUUAUCUUCUCAGAGAAUAAACCGAUUCAUCAAUU